CAGCAACCCAGCGCAACCUCACAUACUGAUCGAGCACCUUUACUCUCACAAUGGCAGGCGGCGUCCCCAUGAAUGUGGCGCCCGUCCAGGGAGGCUUCCUGACUGGAAAGAAGCUCAUCUUCCCAUUGGCAUUGGUCAUCUCGUUGUUCUUCCUCUGGGGCUUCUCCUACGGCCUGCUCGAUGUCUUGAACAAGCACUUUCAGACCGUACUGGGAAUCACCAAACUUGAAUCGACCGGGUUGCAGGUCAUGUAUUUCGGUGGAGGCUACUUCUUCUAUUCGCCAAUCGCAGCUGAAGUCCUGAAGCGCAAAGGCUACAAGGUCACCAUCUUGAUGGGUCUUGGGCUCUACUCCCUUGGCGCCAUCAUGUUCUGGCCAACAGCACAUUUCACCACAGCAGCGCACGCAAAGGCAAGCUUCGGUGGCUUCCUGGUAUGCACCCUCGUCAUCGCUUGCGGCUUGGCUACCCUCGAAACUGCCGCCAACUCUUACGCCGUUGUCAUUGGAGACCCAGCGACGGCCUCUGCGCGUCUGCAGUUCUGCCAGUCAUGGAACGGCGUUGCUAGUUUCAUCGGACCCUUGAUUGCAUCCAAGGCUUUCUUCACCGGCGAGAGCCAGAACAACCUGACCAAUGUGCAAUACGUCUACCUCGCUGUCGCAUGCGCUGGUCUUGCCGUGGGCGUGUUGUUCUUCUUCGCCAAGCUCCCAGAAGUCGAGGAACAGACUGUCCGCCGCGGAUCGGUCGUCCAAGACGGCACCCUCGAGCUCGGCGUCGGCCAUGAUGGCAAGAUCAUCGGCGAAGGCCCGCUCUACAAGCAGUACAACAUGAUCUUCGGCUUCGUUGCCCAAUUCUGCUACGUGGGCGCCCAAGUCACCAUCGCAUCCUUCUUCAUCAACUAUGCCACGGAGAAUGCCACCUACAGCUCUGCACAAGCUUCGCAGAUGCUGUCCUACGCGCUGAUCACCUUCACCGUGGGUCGCUUCAUUGCCACGGCACUCGCAACGGUUUUCGAAUCAAACUUCCUCCUCACCAUCUACUGCGUCUGCGCUAUCGCCUUCAACGCCUACAUUGCGGCUGGUCACGGCAAGGCGGCUGUCGGCGUGCUCAUUGCGAUUUUCUUCUUUGAGGCUCCCAUGUAUCCUACCAUCUUCACCUUGGGUACUGCCAACCUUGGCCGCCACACGCGACGUGGUGCCGGUAUCCUCGUGAUGGGAGUAUCAGGCGGAGCCGUCUUUCCACCGAUCCAAGGCGCCGUGGCAGAUGCAGCAGGCACCAGGAUCUCCUACGUCGUCCCCCUCUGCGGCUUCGUCGUGGUCUUGGCGUACGUCGUCACUCAUUGGGCAAGACAUGGCUUCCAUGUAAUGCGCGUGAAGAGCGAAUCUGUCAUUGCCACAUCGCUCGAGGGUGGUGCUGUUGGUGGUGUCUUGGAGACGGUACACUACGAUGAGAAGCGGUUGUCCGUCGCUGCCGUUGAGAACAUCCGACGCAACAGCGUUGGCGGAUCGGUCAAGGCGGUUACUGGAGGCGUCAAUGCCUACUAGAUCACUGGGUUAGCGACAGGGAUGAUCGUCCACUUAGCAUCAGCACAGGCAAGGUUGGGCGUCAGAUGCAUGGCUUACCGCUCAACGACGCUUAGAGUAGCAGAGACAAUAACGACCGCACAUUGUACAUACUGUUUGGAGAAC